CUUUGACGGCGUCAGCGAAAUGGCCACGCACAAGUCGAGGUCGAAAAUGAUGUUAAGGUCACGUUGUCUGCCAAGAGUAAAUACAGUAUAAAAGCGAAUGCUGAGAAAUGGGCGAGCAACAAAUUGAAUCGCAAGAUCAUGCAUAGUACAUUGCUCUCACUGCUUGCGCUGGCCAGCUGCAUUUGGAUGCAGUGCAGCAUGGCGGAACCGCAGAUCAAGGGACAGCAGUUGCCGCAGUUCGACUUGACGCGUUUGUUUGGUGGCCGCAGCAGCGAGCCUCUGGUGACGCUGCUCGAUCGCAACCUGCCCGAGGUGCAGCAGAUGAUUGACCGCACGAAGAAGAGCUGCCUGCAGCAGCUGCGAAUGCCGGCUGUGCAGCGUUCGUUAAUCCGUGAACCGAAUCCCACCGAGCAGGAGAAAUGCCUGCUCGAGUGCGUCCUGAAGGGCAUCAAAAUUAUGGAUGACAGCACCAACAAGCUGAAUCUGCGCCGUGUCGAGCAGCUGACCAGCCUGGUCACCGAGGACAACAAGGUGGCCAUGGCACUGAGCUCCAGCCUCGCCCAAAGCUGCAAUCGAUCUGUCAGCACUCAGAAGCCUUGCGAGGCGGCGCAUCAGCUGAAUCAGUGCAUUGGCCGCCAAAUGGAGCGCAAUCGGGUCAAGCUGCACUGGUGAGCUCUGAGCGCUGAGCUCUGCUGGGCUACGGGAUCUACCAUAGCCCAUUUAGCUGUUGGGCUCAACCCCGGCUACCCAACCAAAUCCCAAAAAGAAUGUUUGCUGCUGCUAAUGGCUGCUCGCUUUAUUUGUCUGUGCAUGUCCAGGAACCAGGAUCGCCAGCUCUAUAAACGAAUAUAGGGAAUUAAAACAAAUA